GUAUCUACUUGGGCCACCAGCAUCAAGCAUGCCCGCUGGAUGCUACCAGAUACCGUGGCACGAGGCCCAUUGUCGCGGUAUGGCGACCUCAUGGCUUCCAUCUUCCCCAACCUCCCCCGAUGCCUCCCGUCCUCGCCUCGCUGGGACACUGGGGCCCAUUUUCUAUACUGUAAUCAGAAUAACCACCAGUUGGGGGCUGACGGAUACGACAACUAUCAAGCACCCAUGGCAGACGGUGCAGAGUUGUUUCGUCGGCGGAUGUGGGUGCGUGGAGUGCUUGAUUUCCACGAUUUCCAGAAGAUACCCGUGGGAGCUGGUCUCGUGUGCAACGAGAAGGUUGCCUCUGUAAGAACCAUCGAGAAUUCGGUAUUUGUGGGAAUUCAGCGGGAAUUUGGGGCCAGUCUGCCGUUGUUGACAGAAUCUCGCAGCUUGGUGUACACCAAUGAGGCGUAUGGAACGACCCAGAGGAAACAGGUCGAAAUUCCAGUCCCCAGCGAGUCUACCUCCGUGUGCCUCAACCCAACAGAAUUGUUGAAAUAUAGCAUGCUCACCUCCAAUCUCCAUAAGAUCCAUUAUGACCCAGCUUACUGCCGUUCUGAGGGCUUGCGGGAUGUGGUGGUGCACGGGCCGUUGAUGGUGUCGCUCAUAUUGUACUGGCUCACCAGCACCAGAAAGCAACAUGUGGGUCGGUUUCGCUACAAAAAUAUCGAACCGUGCUUUGUG